AUGAGCCUUCGCUGGCGAGACCACGGCGUCUAUCCGCCAGAGCCCCGAGCUGUCUUCAGCUUUCGCCACUUCCCUGCGCUGAAACAUCUGUUUCUAAACUUGGAUGAGUUUCACUCCCGGUUCUGGGCGGGUGAUCCUGCUGGCGAUCCAGAUCUGCUCGUCGAACUUAUGUCAUUACAUCUUGCUGGCCGUAUCACGAACGACCUUCAUCGUCUAGAGAAGGGUCUGCUUGGUCUUGGUAAUGCUCUAUCAUGCGGCCAUUUCCCUAGAUUGGAGGAGGUUCUAUGGGACCAAAAUGAGCAAUUAAGUAGCGAGUGUGAACGCCGUGUCCGCCCACUGUUUGCAGAGGCAGGAGUCAGCUUUGAUUACAACAGUUGGCCGACGAGUAGCACUACGCUGGGCGAGGGUGGCGGGCUACCCGGCCCCAUCGACAAUAACCCACCCACUCCGCCAUGGGAACAGGAGUACGAAGAAAUUUGA